AUGCCCGCAAAAUACGUCUACAUGGACUACGAGCGCGAGGCCUGCGGCUAUCCGGCCGAGCUCGCGGCGCGACCGCGCACGCCCGCCGCUGCAGUUGCUCCUGCGAGCAACAGCAGCAACAACUACUACGGCGGCGGCGGCAGCAGCAGCAGCAGCAGCAGCAGCAACAUCACCGGCAGCAACGACUGCCACGGCAUGGAGGGGGAGGGCCUCGAUGGCAAGCCCAUCCCUCAGGCGCGGCGCCCGUCCGAGGGAAACUCGGGCGACGAGAAGGAGAAAGGGGAGGAUAAAAAGGGCAAGCAGCCCAUGCUGAGCAUUCGCCAGCGCUGGGCGAUGAGGGCCAAGGACGACGAUGACGAAAGGGCCGCGAGGGCCGCGAGGACGAUGAGGGCGAUCCUCCCCCUGGUCGAUAACCCCAAUUGCGAGGAGAAACUUCGCCCCCGCCCUGUGGGGGAUGAGGCGAUGUUCGAGGAUCCCGAGCUCAUCCUCAGCCGCACGGUGGAUGGGAGAAUCGUCGAAGUUCGAUGCGGUGGGGCGAAAAGGAAGAUGUUCGGCCGGAUGCAGAUUCGCAGGCGCAGCCAGGGGCUCAACCCAUACACCGGCGAGCCAUCCCAGCGGUCGCACCUGGAGCGGUAUCCAACGCAGGACGAGAUGCAGCUCCCGGGUCAAGGGGGGUCUGGCGGUGGUGGUGGUGGCGGUGGCAGCGGCGAGGGGGAAGGGGCAUGGCGGCCGCCGCGGAUCACAAUGACGCCGAAGACGGCAGGGGCGGAAGAGGGGGAGGAGGAGGAGGAGGAGGAGGAGGAGUACGACUCGGAAAGGACGCUCGUGGGCACCGAGUCUGAAGACGAGUAUGAGUCCGACUCCGACGAGGAGGACGAGGAGGAGGCUGAGGAGGUUGAGGUGGAUUCGCCCCUCUACCGCCUCUGGUUCACCAAGCACUUUUCCAACGACGCCUCAGCGCUCGUCGCUGCGGCCCUUCGCGCCAGCACAUACACCAACCCGUCCCUGGCUCUCUCUCCCUCUCAAAAGACCGUCAUCCUCCGAGAUGAUGACAGCUCCUCACAGCAUGCCGUUGCGCUGCUCUCCGGCGGCGGCUCCGGCCACGAGCCGUCCUUUGCGGGUUUCGUUGGCCGCGGCUUUCUGUCCGCCGCCGUCGCCGGCUCCGUCUUUGCGUCCCCAUCCGCCGAGCAGGUCUUUCGUGCGCUCAAGGUCUUGGGUGCCAAGCACCCCGACCGCGGCAUCCUCGUCGUCAUCAUGAACUACACAGGCGACGUGCUGCACUUCGGCAUGGCCGUGGAGAAGGCCCGCGCUGAGGGCAUCAAGGUUGAGCAGAUGGUUGUCGGUGACGAUGUCGGCGUCGGCCGCAAGAGGGGUGGCAGAAUCGGCAGGAGAGGACUUGCCGGCACCGUGCUGGUGCAAAAGAUUGCUGCCGCUGCGGCUGCUCAGGGAGCGAGUCUCGAGGAUGUCCGCAGAAUCGCCAGCCAGGUAGCCGACAACACGGCGACUGUUGGCGCGUCUCUCGCCCACGUUCACGUUCCCGGACGCGAGAUUGUCCCUGACGAGCUCGGACAGGACAUUGAGAUUGGCAUGGGCAUUCACAACGAGGAAGGCUUCGGUCGCGUCAAGACUGAUCUCUCCGGCUUGGUCUCGACGAUGCUCAAGCAGCUUCUCGAUCAGUCUGACUCUGAUCGCGCGUACAUCAACGUCGCGCCCUCGGACGAGAUUGUCGUCAUGGUCAAUAACCUCGGCGGCAUUAGCGUCCUGGAACAAGGCGCCAUCACUACAGAGGUCGUCGAGCAGCUUGCGACGACGUACAAGCUCACGCCCACGCGCCUGCUGAGCGGAACUUACAUGACCAGUCUCAAUGGCAUGGGCUUCAGUAUCACAAUGCUCAAGGUUGCCGACAAGUCUUUUGUUUCGUUGCUCGAUGCGCCCGCCGAUGCUGCGGGGUGGUCACCUCCCGUCCGGCCUGAGAACUGGCAGCGUGGAAUCGACACGAGCAAGUCGAGCGAUAUCCAGGACGCCCCCUCGUCUGAGGCUGACGACGCCAGCUCAGCACCCAGCAAUCUCACCAUUGACUCUCAGCUUGCUACCUCCAAGCUCACUGCGGGUCUCAACUCCCUUAUUGCCGCCGAGGCGCAAAUCACAAAGUACGACACCCUCGUUGGCGACGGUGACUGCGGCCUUUGCCUCAAGACGGGUGCCGAGGCCGUCCUAUCGCACAUUCAGUCUUCCUCAUCCAGCGACGCCAUCCGCCUCGUACGGUCGAUCGCCCACGUCGUGGAGAACAGCAUGGACGGCACGUCGGGCGCCCUCUACGCCAUCUUCAUGAAUGCCCUCGCCUCUGGCCUGCAGCAGGCCACCGCGUCCUCGGGCAAGCAGGAGGUCACCCCUAAGAUCUGGGCCGAGGGCUUGAAGGCGGCCCUGGCCAGCUUGGCCAAGUAUACCCCCGCCCAGCCGGGUGACCGCACCGUUGUCGAUGCCUUGGCCCCCUUCGUGGAGAUCCUGGCGAGCACGCUGAGUCUGCAGAGCGCCGUGGACGCGGCCAGGAAGGGAUGCGAGUCGACAAAGGGCAUGGAGGCCAGCCUCGGCCGGUCCGUCUACGUCAGCGUCGAGGGCUGGAACUCGUGCCCGGAUCCCGGGGCGUACGGCCUCGUCAAGUUCCUCGAGGGCCUGCUGCAAUGA